AUGACAAAGACCUCUAUCUACUACCCCAAUAGAGCGCUCAAGAGCUAUCUGCAAGCCGUGCAGCAGCCACAGGAAGAUCAGGAAGAUGGUUCUUGUACCAAAGAUCUUCUUGAUUUCUUCACUUGUCCCAUCACCCAAGAGCUUCUACGGGAUCCCGUCAUUGACCACGAAGGAAACACGUACGAACGCAGUGCCAUCGUUGAGUGGAUCCAUGAGCACGGUGUGUCUCCCAUCACUCGGAAUCCAAUGGCAGUGCAACAACUUCAUGACAACACCACACUUUUUGAAGUUCUCAUUCAAGAAACUUUGCUACUCCAACAAGAAGGCAAAGUAGGAAAUGAAGAGCUUCGUGACUUCUUGGAGGGUGCCCUGUCGACACGUCGUACUGCCAAUGUUGAAGGCUCGAAGAAAGCACCCACUACAAAGGUUGGCCUACGCUUGGAAGAUGGAGAUGGUAGAGCACUGAUGAUCAACAACAUUCGAGAAGAAAGUAACGAAUACAUUUCAGCCUUGUUGACAAAGGUUAGAGCAAUGAUGAUCAAGAGCAUUCGAGAAGAAAGUAAGGAAUACAUUACAGCCUUGUUGACAAAGGUUCCAGGUAUGCAGUUGGGUAUGACUUUGUCUGAGGUUGAGGACAAGCUGGUUGUCACUAUGAUCAAAGAAGGAGGCUUGGCUGCUGCCUCAGCUCUGGGCGUAGGAAUGGUGCUUUACAGUAUCAACGGCGAGCCUGUUGCUGGCAAGUCCUCAAUGGAAGCAGCUGGAAUGCUGACGAAGGCACAAGGUACUUUGACGGUUGUGGCCAUUGCAGACAAAGCCCCGGAAGGUGAAUCCAACCAGUACAGCAACGCUGCUGUAGCAGCGGUUGCCGGCACUGCUGCCGCGGCGGCUGCUGGUGAUAAAUUCAAUGAAUUGGGGGCUUUCUUGUCCGCGCGAGGUAGUGGCACUGCUCGCAUUGAGAGCAUACAACAUAAUGUUGGCGGUGGCUUUGCAUGUUCCGCCUGCCAGCAUGCGCAUUACAGCUCAGAGAUCGCAGAAGAAAUGCUGUCGCAAGUGCCAUACCACAACGGCAGGGCACCCCAACACCCGACCAACGAUUUGAUUCCAGAGCGACCGGUUGCAAUGAGCCAUCAGGAACUCUUACGUGAUUGCUGCAUGAAAGAUCCCCUGCGAUUGUGCAUUUCGCUCUCAGUUUUUGUUGGGGUGUUUGUAGUCUUGUGGAUCCUCGGGUCGUGA